AUGUGGAUACAAAGUGGAACUAAUACUAUCAAUAAGAUGCAAAUAUACCCAUCAAGCAGAAAGAUUGAUGAGCAACAAGAUAAACUCAAUGUAGGUGGUGAAUUUGAUGUAGGCAGUGAACCUGAUGUAGAUAAUGAACCUGGUAUAGUUAGUGUACAUGGUGGAGUCAAAAAAAAUUAUUAUUAG